GUGCGACAAAAUACACUAGUGUCUCGCGUUAAUGAAAUCAAAAUGGCUGAAUAUGUUUAUAGAAUAGAAUAGAAUCAGGUGCAUGCCUCUGUGAGCCAAUCCUGCUGCAAAAGAGGUCGGGUUCAUGAAUAUUAAUUACGUUACGCGACUUGGAUCUCGUGCGUGGCUAUUAAUAUUCAUGAGCGGAGCAGUACUGCAGUCCGACUGAAGUUUACAAACCUCUAAUAAAAAAGGUUUGUAAAAAAAAAAAUUAAAUAAAUAAGAGACGAUCACAACCCUGAUAAACCAUAAAUAAAUUAUUAAUAUAACGUCAGUUAGAUAUAGAUCUCUCUGAAUAAUUAUUAGAGCGUAUUUUAACGUAAAUAUAUGCUUUAAAAUCAUUUUUGGAUGUGGUAUAAAAUGGUUUGAAGGGGAAAAACUCAAUUUAUUGUAGUUAAUAAUCAUCACUUUAAUGUAAAUAAUCGCGUUUGAGUUCGGUUCUGAAGGGGCUGACGUCGUGACGUCACCGCGGGUUCGGAUGGGCUGCGCGCGCGGCCCGGGAUUUUUACCGCAAUGCAUCAGUCCGAGCGUCAGAACUCCGCGAACGCGUGAACGAGCCGCUCAGAAUGGCGCUUAAACUCGACCAGGAUCAGAAACAUCAGUCUGAUGCGUGAGGAUUAUCAGAUUCGCUGAAGUUCUGCGCGAUUACAGUCUGUGUUUGUUGUGCAUCAUACAGAGCUCCAGAACAUGAAGACCCGUCAGUGAGCGACAGAAGAGUGUGUGUGUGUGUGUGUGUGUGAGCAUCAUGGACGAGUGUGUGAGACGCCUGCUGCUCCUGUGUGUGUUCUGCGCGCUCUCAGUGUCGGUGUGCCGCGGUGCGUGUGCGGAGGUCGACUCGGACACGGAGGCCGUCGCCGGCCGGAGCUUCAAGCUGGGAUGCAUUUCCUGUAAGAUGCGCGGAGAGGUGGAGGCCACGGCGACCAUCGACUGGCUCUUCAAGGCGCGAGGAGAUGACGACUUCAUUCACAUUUAUAGUUAUGACGGACAGGUGUCCAACAUCGUCGACGAGCGCUUUCAGGAUCGGGUGGAGUGGCACGGCAGCAGGAAAACCUUCGACAUUCAGGACGCGUCUGUGGACAUCCUGAACGUCACCUUCAACGACUCGGGCGUCUACCGCUGCAUCUUCAACCGCAUCCUGAGCUACGAGCACUACGAGUUCUCCACCAUCGAACAGAAGGAGGUGUUCCUCACUGUGGUGGCCAAAGCCACGCGCGGGACGGCGUCCAUCGUGUCGGAGGUCAUGAUGUACGUGUCCAUCAUCGGGCUGCAGCUCUGGCUGCUGGUGGAGAUGAUCUACUGCUACAGGAAGAUCGCCGCCGCUGGAGAGGAAGCUCUGAGAGCCAGCGCCGCGGAGUAUUUAGCCAUAGCGUCUGAGGGCAAAGACAACUGCGGCGGAGUGCAGGUCGCUGAAUAACACAGGUUUUUCCCAGGAGCCUCUUCUGAUUGGCUGUCUCUGGCUCCUGUGUUUGUACCCGUUCUUCACCUUCCACUGAUCGAUCCGAUCCUCUGUUCCGCAUGACGCUAUGCAUGACUCGACCGGAGAAACUCUUCCUCCAUCGACCGCAUCACUCUCACUGAAACAGAAAAGCGCAAUACUUUGAUUUUGCACUAGAGGUCAGUGAAGAGCCAGGAGUCGACACACAUCCAGCCAUACAGACAUACAUAAAUGUAUAAAUAUUAAUAUUCUAGUUAAAGCAGAGGCCGUGCAGUGCUGCGACUGCAUGAGUUCAUGUGAGUGUAAAUCAGAGAAACUCGUAUAAUCAGCUUAUAGUUGUAUAAUCAUGACAAUAACCUCGUCCUCCAAUGUAGCAGAACAAUGUUUGAUAGCGAUUACCUCGUGCUGAAGUGCAUUGUGGGUAAGUGCAUUAAGACAUACGAUCGCUCGUCAUCUCCCGCUUUAAUGCAUGCCCACACUGCAAGAGCCAAUCACAGCCCUGCUCUGCUGAACCAGCGUUUCUGAGGGGGACGCAGCAGUGGAUGCUGGGAAACGCAGAGCUGGAGAAAUGAAUCAUGUGACUGUGAUUUCUGUUUGUAACCCUGAAUAACAAAUAUGAUUUAGCAGAUAUUUCUUAAUAAACGUUACACUGACACCA